CCGGAAUCCCUUCCCUGCGAGAGCCCAGAGACCCGCGAGGGGAAGUUGGAGAUCCCGGGCUGGGGAGGGCUGGAAACAAUUGCACACAGACCUCUUUGCUGGUGGGCCGACCCCGGCGGAGCUUCUCGGUGGUGCCUGGGCUGAGUGUGGACGCGCCGUGCGCGGCCCCGCCAGGGCUGGGAGUUUGCAGACUGUCCCUGCCGGGCCGGCUCGGCAGCGGCCCUGCGGCUCCCGCGGCUCCCCGGGAGCACUCGAGCCCAGGUAGCCGCGCUGCAGGUUCGGGGCGCUGCAGACCUUGCGCCCCGCCGCCCCUGGGCCCGGGAACUGGGGCACGCUCCCGACUGCUGCUGUAGCCCAGCCAGGAGGUGUGAUUACUGUUGUAAUAUGGACAUCGGAGGAAGAUGCAUUAGGCCAUCAGAAUGAAAGUGAGGAAAGGAAAUCAGCUGAUGCAGGAGCCCGAGUGAGACCUCUGAACCUGCAAACCCAGCCUGCACCAUGAAUUUGUGUCAUCAUUCUACACUUUAAGAGUCAAAGCAUUGCCAGAGAGCAAUGGCUCUCUUUACUCCGUGGAAGCUGUCCUCUCAGAAGCUGGGAUUUUUCCUUGUGACUUUUGGCUUUAUUUGGGGUAUGAUGCUUCUGCAUUUUACCAUCCAGCAGCGAACUCAACCUGAAAGCAGCUCCAUGUUGCGAGAGCAGAUCUUGGACCUCAGCAAGAGAUAUAUCAAAGCACUGGCAGAAGAAAACAGGAAUGUGGUAGAUGGGCCAUAUGCUGGUGUCAUGACAGCAUACGAUCUGAAGAAAACACUUGCUGUAUUGUUGGAUAAUAUUUUGCAACGCAUUGGCAAGUUAGAAUCAAAGGUAGACAAUCUUGUAAUCAAUGGCACAGGAACAAAUUCGACCAACUCCACUACAGCUGUUCCUAGCUUGGUAGCACUUGAGAGAAUUAAUGUGGCAGAUAUCAUCAAUGGAGCACAAGAAAAAUGUGUAUUGCCUCCUAUGGAUGGCUAUCCCCACUGCGAGGGGAAAAUCAAGUGGAUGAAAGAUAUGUGGCGGUCUGAUCCCUGCUACGCAGACUAUGGUGUGGAUGGAUCUACUUGCUCCUUUUUUAUUUACCUCAGUGAGGUUGAAAAUUGGUGUCCUCAUUUACCUUGGAGAGCAAAAAAUCCCUAUGAAGAAGCUGAUCACAAUUCACUGGCAGAAAUUCGUACGGAUUUUACUAUUCUCUACAGUAUGAUGAAAAAGCAUGAAGAAUUCCGGUGGAUGAGACUAAGGAUCCGGCGAAUGGCUGAUGCAUGGAUCCAAGCAAUUAAGUCCCUGGCAGAAAAGCAGAAUCUUGAAAAGAGAAAGAGGAAGAAAGUCCUUGUUCACCUGGGACUCCUGACUAAGGAAUCUGGAUUUAAGAUCGCAGAGACAGCUUUCAGUGGUGGCCCACUUGGUGAAUUAGUUCAGUGGAGUGAUUUAAUUACAUCUCUGUAUUUACUGGGCCAUGACAUAAGGAUUUCAGCUUCACUGGCUGAGCUCAAGGAAAUAAUGAAGAAGGUUGUGGGAAACCGAUCAGGCUGCCCAACUGUAGGAGACAAAAUCGUUGAGCUCAUUUAUAUUGAUAUUGUAGGACUCGCUCAGUUCAAGAAAACUCUUGGACCAUCCUGGGUACAUUACCAGUGCAUGCUCCGAGUCCUUGACUCUUUUGGCACUGAGCCAGAAUUUAACCAUGCUAAUUAUGCCCAGUCCAAAGGCCACAAGACUCCCUGGGGAAAAUGGAAUCUGAACCCACAGCAGUUUUAUACCAUGUUUCCUCACACCCCAGACAACAGCUUCCUGGGCUUUGUGGUGGAGCAGCAUCUGAACUCCAGUGAUAUCCACCACAUUAAUGAGAUCAAAAGGCAGAACCAGUCCCUGGUGUAUGGCAAAGUGGAUAGCUUCUGGAAGAAUAAGAAAAUCUACUUGGAUAUUAUUCACACAUACAUGGAAGUACAUGCCACUGUUUAUGGCUCAAGCACAAAGAAUAUUCCCAGUUAUGUGAAGAACCAUGGUAUCCUCAGUGGUCGAGACCUGCAAUUUCUUCUCCGAGAAACCAAGUUGUUUGUUGGACUUGGGUUCCCCUAUGAGGGUCCAGCUCCUCUGGAGGCCAUUGCAAAUGGAUGUGCUUUUCUGAAUCCCAAGUUCAACCCACCCAAAAGCAGCAAAAACACAGAUUUUUUCAUCGGCAAGCCAACUCUGAGAGAGCUGACAUCCCAGCAUCCUUAUGCUGAAGUUUUCAUCGGCCGGCCACAUGUUUGGACUGUUGACCUUAACAAUCAGGAGGAAGUGGAAGAUGCCGUGAAAGCAAUUUUAAGUCAGAAGAUUGAACCUUAUAUGCCAUAUGAGUUCACAUGUGAGGGAAUGCUACAGCGAAUCAAUGCUUUCAUUGAAAAGCAGGACUUCUGCCAUGGCCAGGUGAUGUGGCCACCCCUUGGGGCCCUGCAGGUGAAGCUUGCUAAACCUGGGCAGUCCUGCAAGCAGGUGUGUCAGGAGAACCAGCUAAUCUGCGAGCCCUCUUUCUUCCAGCACCUCAACAAGGAGAAGGACAUGCUCAAGUACAAGGUGGCCUGCCAAAGCUCAGAGCUGGCCAAGGACAUCCUCGCACCCUCCUUUGACCCCAAGAACAAGCACUGUGUGUUUCAAGGUGACCUUCUGCUGUUCAGCUGUGCUGGUGCGCACCCCAGGCAGCAGAGGAUCUGCCCCUGCCGGGACUUCAUCAAGGGCCAGGUUGCUCUGUGCAAGGACUGCCUAUAGGGGCCUGGGCUGGGCCCGCACACACUCCACUGGAGAAACACAAGCUCCAGCCUGUUAGGGCAGAGCCAGUGGCUCAGAAUCAUUCAGGGACUCUCGCCAGAGCCUGGACUUCUUGGUGGAAGGUAUCCACUUGGUAUUGCUGCUGCUGUGGUCAGCAUCACAGUGGAGUUUGCACCAAAACAAAAGGAGAGCAGACAUCAGGCCAGGAACCUGGCUUCUCCCUGGCACAGCUUCAUUUUGAGGAGCAACUCUAAGGAGACUCGACGCAGCUGCUCCAGAGUAGGCGAGAGUCUUGGUCUGGGUUGUUUUGUUUGUUUGUUUUCCAAUCAAACACAGGAGAGGAAUUGAGCUGAUCAAAAAGAGCUUUGUAUGGGAACUUUCCAAAAUCCAUCAACUUAUUUAUUUGGGAGGGGGAGGAGGAGGGUCGGGACAAGGGAUUGAUCACACCUUUUUUCUUUGAUUUUCCUUCACUUACCUUCCACCUUCACUAUGUUCCUGUCUGCUUCAAGCAGGGUGCAGGAGGGCGAGACUUGGUGUGCUGUGGAGCUGGUGGCAUUCUUAAGCACAGUCCUCAAAGUAGUUGGUGUCAGGACAAUAAGAAAACUUGUGUGUUGACAGAUGGCAGCUAGAGGGCACACACACAUGCACACUCUCACUCACUCACUCACUCACUCACUCACUCACUCACUCACUCACUCAGUGGGGUGGCUUGUCUGAGUUGUCCAGAGAGCCCAGCCAGGGACCAAAGAUGGGACUGUUUUGCAUUGAGUGUUGUGAGUGGGGUGAGUACGUAGGCCUGAGGUUCCUGGGCCAAUGCUGCCCUCUCCCGGGCUCUUGUGGGAGUUUUCAAGGCUGAGGAUGUCAUCACAGGCAUUUGGUCAGCAGGGGGAGCCUGGGGACAGAGACCCAUUUUCCCAUUGAGGGAAACCAUUUAGCAGAAAACUGCUUAAAACAAGCACAGGAACUCAGAAGGCAAGGGAGCUGCUGGAAAGUUCCGUGAAAAGAACCGUCUGCCUUGUGUUCCAGAAGCAGCAGGAAUUGCUGGCUGGCUGCCUCUGAACUCAGGGCCUUUCUGCCUUCUGGUUCUAAACAUGUCAGGGCAGCUCAGC